GUGCAGAUUACGUCGGAAUCUUCCAAGCUCUGUCAAACUUCAACUUAUUAAAUACCCUAUUGAGGAUUAACAAUAAAAGUGAUGUGGUGUGUAUUCUUCUGCUUGAAUUUGACUGUCACGAAUCACCGUGUUCAGUAGUGAGCAAUAUUAAUUUUUUCAAACAAUUCUACCAAGUCUCGAUGCAUUUUUACAAUACGACAAGUGACAUCCGUACAAAACUUGACAUUUGUCUAAUCUAAAUCACCGAGGGGGAGAGUGAAACGAUGAUCGAGAUAAACGUUGCGUAUCGUCCGCGUGGUUCACACACGUUGUGGCUAGCAGGUUUCGCAUGAUGAUCGUCCGAUAUUAAUGAUGGAAAAACGGAAUUCAAACAAGGAUGACCGUCAGGUCAUUCAGUAUUUUGUCGCCAAACAAGAUACUAUCCUAUCGCGUAUAUCUGGCGAGUGUGAAAAGAAUGUUAAUACGUUACACCUCGGCAUGCUCGUCGAGGCUAUCGAGGAUUUGGGAGGUAGUGCGCUCAGAGUUCGUGUCGUUGACACGGCAGGAUCAGAGAUUUGGCGAGGCACUGAAUGGCGUUGUCACAGGUUUGAUUUAAUACCAGUUACGUCGGAAGUAUGGAAAUUUUUACCUGCUGUCUCGAUACCUCAGGAAAGAGUGCGCUUGGCCACCUACAAGCACUUGUCCGAAGAACUCAUGAAACUUCAAAUAAAUGACACUGUCUGGUAUUGUUCAGAUUCCAAGAAGUGUAACAAUUGUUUAGCUGCUAUUAAAUAUAUCGGACCUGUGCCACAGCUGGGCCAGGGAUAUUAUUUUGGCAUUGAUUUGUUGGACCCUCAUGAACCAUCUAAGGUCGAUGCUUUGCUGAGUAAAGAAUAUUUUGUUUCAACGAAUUCUGAAGGCAAAUUCGCUACCUUGAGUAAUAUAUUCCCAUUAAAACCAGGUGGUCCAACAGGUCUUGCAAAGACAGACAAAAUUUCAGUUGAAUCUUUAAUUACAGAUUUACUUAUGGGGAUCGAAGCAGGAAAUAAUUAUAUGAAUGAUAAAAAGAAAUCUGUAUUGGAUACCGUACCAUCUGUCUUGUUGGAGAAAUUCACUCUAUUCGAUGAUAACAAAAAUAACAAUAGAGAGCAGAGAUCUAUAUCGAAAGAAUAUAGUCAAUCAACGAAAUCAAUAAUGCAUGAGAAUGACAGCAAUGUAGCUAAAAGUGCGGUCAGCUAUGGUAGUACACCAAAUAAAAAUGAAAAUAAAAAAUUUGGCCGAACGGAAAGUUCCGAUUUAAUUGUGGGCUCCAAUGUGAAAGUUCUUUUGGAUUCCGAUGUACAUUAUGGUGUCGUUCGUUGGGUUGGAACCCCUCCCGGUAUCACGCCUGGAAAAUUGAUGGCAGCUGUAGAAUUGGAUGAUACUCACCCAACAGGCACUGAUGGAACUUAUAAAGAUGUAAGAUAUUUUCGUUGUCGUCCUCACAGGGCUGUUUUCACAGACAUCGAACAAUGUUCCCGAUAUGAUACGAUGGAAAAGAUCGAUGAUCCGACGACAUCGAUAAGUCCAGAGAAUUUCGGAAGUAUGGAAAGCUCGGUGAUUGUCGGAAUGGUACGGCCUAUUUCCGUAAAAGGAAACUUGGAGAGUAUUUGCGGAAAGUAUCGAGGGAUUCAAGGCCAUCACAAUUCCUGUUACCUGGAUGCUACACUCUUCAGCAUGUUUACGUUUACCAGUGUUUUUGAUAACCUUUUAUUCAGACCGCCAAAUGAAAAGGAUUGUCCGCAAUAUGAAGAAGUACAAAGAGUAUUACGCGAAGAGAUAGUAAAUCCACUUAGGAAAAAUAUGUUCGUGAGAGCGGAUCGAGUGAUGAAGCUGCGUACUCUGCUCGAAAAAUUAUCUUCCGUAUCCGGCCUCACAAGCGAAGAAAAAGACCCUGAGGAAUUCUUAACUUCCCUGGUUGCUCAAAUUUUGAACGCUGAACCAUUUCUUAAAUUAAGUUCUGGUCAAGACGCGUACCAUUAUCAAUUAUUCGUCGAGAAAGACGACCAUUUGAAUAUUCCAACUGUGCAGCAGCUGUUAGAACAAAGCUUCCUCACGAGUAAUAUAAGAUUAAAGGAAGUUCCUUCGUGCCUCAUCAUACAAAUGCCGAGGUUCGGGAAAUCCUUCAAGAUGUAUCAGAAAAUCCAGCCUACACUGUUACUCGAUGUAACGGACAUAAUUGAAGAUUCUCCUAGACAAUGCACCGUCUGUGGAAAGCUAGCUGAGUUUGAAUGCAAGGAGUGUUACGGUCAAUGCGGUGUCGGUCUGGAGAGUAUUGCUUUCUGUUUGCAAUGCCUGGAGAAGGUACAUCGACACGAGCGGAGGACAAAUCACGAACCAAAGGAACUUGUGGUCCCAAUGGAAUUUACCAUUUUACAAGAACAGUGUCCUGUCCCGCGAUUGUAUCUCGAAUUGUCAGCGGUGGUUUGCAUCGAAACUUCCCACUACGUGUGUUUUGUGAAAUGUGGUUCCGGAUCGGAGGCACCGUGGUGUUUCUUUGAUUCCAUGGCUGAUAGAAAAGGAGAGCAGAAUGGUUACAAUAUUCCAGAAAUGGUUCCCUGUCCGGAUUUCCCGUACUGGCUAAGCGAAGAGGGAGGGAAUUGCUUGACUGAAUUAACAGACGACCGGAAUUUACCAGAGCAUGCGAAACGACUUCUGUGCGAUGCAUACAUGUGCAUGUAUCAAUCCCCCGACGUUAUGAUGUACAAAUAACUUGGUUUUCCUGUUAACUUAGGUAAGUUAGAUUUUAAUUACUGAACAAAAAUAGGCAUCACGUUUGUGCUUCUUGCUUUAUUUAUUUGAUGGUGCAGCUAUAAAUUUUCAAGCAAAGAUUUGAUCUCUCGAACUCGCAUUUGUAUAAAGAGCUAAAGAUUAGGCAAGUUUGAUUUCACGCUGUCAUUGAUAUUUAACCCUUUUAGUACCGAACGACGAUAUAUCGUCGAAGAGAUAAUCCGCCCGGCGCUCACCAUGUACCUUCCAGUUAUCUUUUAUUUUUGUUAUGCAAUAUUGUUUAUCUUGUUACAAAAUACAUUGGAAAUGCAAAGUAUAUACUUCAUAAUAAUUGGUCCAUAUAAAAUUAUGAUGAAAAGAUGACUUUUGUACAUGCAAAUACGUUUUGUAAGAGAGAACUCUACUUUUACUAUUUUUAUGAACACUUAUACCUUUGUCAUUUAUAUAAUUUGUAAUGUGUAGAGAAAAUCUAGUGUCAUUGUUUUGUUCUCUAUUUCAUCCUCAGUACACUGCCUUUUGAAUCAUGUAAAUAUUGUUUCUCGUUUGGUUUUUAUGAGCAUUUUCCCAAACCCUAGUAAAACUGUGAAAUUCGGCCGGUUAUUCUCGCAUAGGCACCUCUUUUUCGCCCGGCACAAAAAAGGGUUAAACGUGCUGAAUUAAUUAUUACAUUCGUUAUUUGAAUAUGAUUUAUAAAAGUAAAAGUUGCAGCAUGUUGCAAUUUCGUAAUUUCAAUGUUUCGACACAUGCCAACUCAAACUUGCCUUCCCUUGAUAUUGGUAAAGAGAGGAAACAGUAUAAGGCUGAAUUGUUUGAAUCAUGAAUUUUAU